AUGCAGAGUCAUUUGAAGCCAACUCAUCCGACAUCGGAUCUGCCUAAAGCGGCCACUCACAGGGGGCAGAUUCUUGUCCGGGUGGCCCUGCAUUGCCAAGCGCCCAGGUCAAACCGCGACGACAUCCUCUCCCAACGUCAUGCGGGGAAAGAGCAUUCCCAAAACUUCUCCAGCAAGAAAGAUGGUGCCCUCAAGGCUGCAAUUAUGCCCUCCACGAAUCCUACUUAUAACAUCGCCUCCAUCCCCGGCGACGGCAUUGGUCCCGAAGUCAUCAGUGCUGCCAUCACGGUCCUCCAAAAGCUCGCCUCCACCCUAGGAACCUUCGCGUUCCGGUUCGAUCAUUUACCCUGGAGCAGUGAACAAUACAAAGCGCAUGGCCGCUACAUUCCGGACGGUGGGUUGGAAGAGCUAAGGAAGUACGAUGCCAUCUUGUUCGGCUCUGUAGGAGAUCCUGAUGUACCAGAUCACAUCUCGCUCACCGGCCUCCGCCUAACCGUUAUUCGUCACCUUCACCACUACGCCAACCUCCGACCCACCCGCCUCCUGCGCGGUUGCUCCUCUCCUCUCGCUGCACUCUCCGCCAACCCUUCCCUUCUAGAUUGGGUCAUAGUCCGCGAAAAUAGCGAGGGAGAGUAUUCAGGUCAAGGCGGACGCACACACGUGGGUACACCAUGGGAAGUAGCUACCGAAGUAGCGAUCUUCACCCGACAUGGCGUGGAGAGGAUAAUGAGGUUUGCUUUUGAGACGGCGCGGGAGCGGGGAAGGAAGAAGGGAAAGCGGGGUAAACUGUGUGUGGUGACCAAGUCGAAUGCUCAAAUCCAUGGUCUCGUUCUUUGGGAUGAAGUCGCCGCUGUGGUUUCCAAAGACUUCCCAGAUGUGGAAUGGGAGAAAAUGCUCGUCGAUGCCAUGACCGUCCGUAUGACUCUACAUCCGGAGACCUUGGAUACAAUGGUCGCCACGAAUCUUCAUGCAGACAUCCUGAGCGAUCUGGCGGCUGCUCUAGCCGGUAGUAUCGGCAUAGCGCCAACGAGCAAUCUCGAUCCCACAAGAGCGAAUCCAAGUAUGUUUGAGCCUAUCCACGGGAGUGCGUUCGAAAUAGUUGGCAAGGGUGUUGCGAAUCCAAUUGGAGCGAUUUGGACCGCGGCCGAAAUGUUGAGAUGGUUGGGGGAAGAGGAAGCUGCUGAUGUGUUGAUGAAGAGUAUGGAGAACGUAAUCGAGAAAGGGUGUAGGACAGUGGAUCUUGGGGGCGAUGCGAGGACCGAGGACGUUACAAGCGAAAUCUGUAGGGAUAUUGAAAGUGGCCUAGGCCAGGAUUCUCGCAGGCCGCCUCUCGUCAGGAACCCCCAGAUACAGUCCGCCACACUCCUCAACCCUCUGCCACUAUUCUUGCAUCUAUAUGUCUGGCCAUUUUUGGCAAUAUGGCCUGUCUUCUUCGCCUUCUAUCUAUCCGAGGAGCGAUACAACACCUACAUAAAUGGGUCUGAAUGGACAUUUGUUUGGGCGGGCUCGAUAGUCACACUGCAAUCUUUGACCUGGCUUACGACUAAAUGGAAUGUCAACAUUGACGCUCUGUUUACAUCUAUUAAAGCUAAGGCGGUGCGAGACGCCUCGCUGAUCAAGGUCAUUCCUGUUACAAAUGCUGGAUCGGCGGAGGUUUGCAAGUUACUCAGGGACAAUAUUGGCGGAAAGCAGAACGUAUCGUUCCUCUUCCAGAAGCGCCGGUUCCUCUACAAUGCCGAAGAGAACAGCUUUGCGCCUAUGUCAUACGAGAUAGAUAAAGAGCCGAGACCAGCCAUCAGGACGUUCCAAGAAUCGCAAGGCCUCCUAACACGCGAAGAGUUCGAUCGGGUCCAACAACAUUAUGGUGAUAAUACAUUCGACAUCCCAGUACCAACAUUUACAGAGCUGUGGAAGGAGCACGCUGUGGCACCCUUCUUCAUCUUCCAGAUGUUCUGCGUGGGGCUCUGGCUGUUGGACGACUACUGGUACUACUCACUUUUUACAUUGGUUAUGCUGGUUGGAUUUGAGAGCACCGUAGUUUGGCAGAGACAAAGAACGCUGAACGAGUUUCGCGGGAUGAGCAUACAACCGUACCCUCUCUGGGUCUACAGGCAGAACAAGUGGGAAUUGGACUCAAGUGACAAGCUUCUUCCCGGAGAUCUGGUUUCUGUGGAUCGGACGAAAGAGGAUAGCGGAGUCGCCUGUGACAUGCUCUUGGUCGAAGGCACCGCAAUUGUAAAUGAAGCUAUGCUGUCUGGGGAAAGUACGCCGCUGCUCAAAGAUUCCGUUCAGCUUCGUCCUGGUGAUGCGCCAAUUGAUCCGGAGGGCCUUGACAAGAAUGCUUUCCUCUACGGCGGUACCAAGGUUUUGCAGGUCACUCAUGGUAACGCCAGCGAAGAUGCACCGGAGACCGUCCCUACCUUGGCUUCUGGAGUUGAGCCUCCACCAGACAAGGGAGCAAUGGCUAUCGUUGUGAAGACUGGUUUUGAGACGAGCCAGGGAAGCUUGGUCCGUACGAUGAUUUACUCAACCGAGCGAGUCUCAGCCAACAACGUGGAAGCUCUGUUGUUCAUUCUGUUCUUGCUCAUCUUUGCAAUCGCCGCAUCAUGGUAUGUCUGGGUUGAGGGUGUUGCCCAGGAUCGGAAACGCUCGAAGCUGUUGCUCGACUGCGUCCUGAUCAUCACAAGCGUAGUCCCGCCAGAGCUUCCCAUGGAGCUUAGUCUCGCAGUCAAUACCAGUCUUGCAGCCCUAAGUAAAUACGCCAUUUUCUGUACCGAGCCAUUCCGGAUACCUUUCGCUGGAAGAGUCGACAUUGCUUGCUUCGACAAGACCGGUACCUUGACUGGGGAAGACUUAGUUGUGGAUGGCAUCGCUGGGCUAUCGCUGGGUGAUAAGAACGCGAAGACCGAGAAAGACGGCGCUCACAGCAAGUUGACUUCUGUGCUCGAGGCUGGCCAGCAGACGACGCUUGUUCUUGCGACUGCUCAUGCUUUGGUAAAGUUGGACGAGGGAGAAGUUGUUGGGGAUCCAAUGGAAAAGGCCACUCUGACCUCGCUUGGCUGGACACUUGGUCGCAAUGAUACUCUCCAUGGCAGAUCGACAGCAAUUGGCAAGGGAAACACAAGCGGCGGCGAACUUGUACAAAUUAAGCGACGCUUCCAAUUCUCCUCGUCAUUGAAACGGCAAAGCUCUGUGGCAACUGUACUCACCACAGACCGAGCAACCGGUAGGAAAGUUCGGGGUACAUUUGUUGGCGUGAAGGGAGCGCCAGAGACAAUUCGUACAAUGCUUACCACGAUACCACCAAAUUAUGAGGAGACGUUUAAGUUCUUCACAAGGAAUGGAGGACGAGUACUAGCCCUAGGGUAUCGAUAUCUCUCCGCAGACGCGGAGCUCGGCCAGAAAAAGAUCAACGACUUGAAGCGGGAGGAAGUAGAAGCAGAUCUGACUUUUGCUGGCUUCCUAGUACUCCAGUGCCCUCUUAAAGAAGACGCGAUGCGGGCUGUUCGAAUGCUCAACGAGAGCAGUCAUCGUUGCGUCAUGAUCACUGGCGAUAACCCUCUGACCGCGGUGCAUGUCGCUCGCCAAGUUGAGAUUAUCGAUCGGGACGUCCUCAUCCUUGAUGCUCCCGAGCACGAUGAUAGCGGUAAGAAGCUUGUGUGGCGAAGCGUUGACGAUAAGAUCAAUAUCCCUGUCGACCCUAGCAAACCUUUGGAUGAGAAGAUCGUGAACAAGAAAGAUCUUUGCGUUACUGGUUAUGCUUUGUCAAAGUACAAGAACGAGGCCGCUCUUCCUCAAUUGCUCCGGCACACAUGGGUCUACGCUCGAGUCUCGCCGAAGCAAAAAGAAGAUAUUCUGCUUGGCCUGAAGGAUGCUGGCUACACCACGCUUAUGUGUGGUGAUGGUACGAACGACGUGGGAGCUUUGAAGCAAGCUCACAUAGGUGUAGCCCUCCUCAACGGCUCCCAGGACGACCUGAACCGAAUAGCGGAGCAUUACAGAACUACUAAGAUGAAAGAGAUCUAUGAAAAGCAAGUCGGCAUCAUGAAGCGAUUCAACCAGCCUCCACCACCUGUCCCGAUACAAGUUGCCCAUCUUUAUCCUCCUGGGCCGAUUAAUCCUCAUUACGAGAAAGCAAUGCAACAACAAGCGGAGAGAAAAGGAGCUGCUGGAGGUGUGGCAGCCAACGCGCCUGCUGCAGAGAAGAAAGAAAUCCCUGAAACCACCGCUCCACCCCCACAGGCAAAUGGUAACCUCACACCUGAGCAAAAGAAGCAACAAAAAGCGGCACAGCAGGCAGCCGGUCUUGCUGACAAAUUCACAGCUUCGAUGAUGGAGCAGGAGCUUGAUGAGAGUGAGCCUCCUAGGAUCAAGCUUGGUGAUGCAUCUGUGGCAGCUCCUUUUACGAGCAAGCUUGCAAACGUGAUUGCCAUUCCAAACAUCAUCCGACAAGGGCGCUGUACGUUGGUGGCAACAAUACAGAUGUACAAGAUUCUGGCGCUCAAUUGCUUGAUCAGUGCUUACAGCUUGAGUGUAUUGUACUUGGAAGGCAUCAAGUUCGGAGACGGCCAGGUGACGAUCAGCGGCAUGCUCAUGAGCGUCUGCUUUCUCUCUAUCUCACGAGCCAAGUCUGUCGAAGGCCUCUCCAAAGAACGUCCCCAACCCAACAUCUUCAAUCCAUACAUCAUCGGCUCCGUUCUCGGCCAAUUCGCCAUCCACAUUGUCACCCUCGUCUACCUCUCCAAUUACGUUCAGAGUAUCGAGCCCCGAGCCGAGAAGAUCGACCUCGAAGGCGAAUUCGAACCCUCCCUGCUCAACAGCGCCGUUUAUCUGCUCCAACUCAUCCAGCAAAUCUCUACCUUCGCUAUCAACUAUCAAGGUCGCCCCUUCCGAGAAGGUAUCAGCGAGAACCGCGGCAUGUAUUGGGGCCUUAUCCUCGUGUCUGGUGUAGCUUUCUCUUGCUCGACGGAGUUCAUCCCUGAGAUCAACGAGAGGCUGAAACUCGUGCCCUUCAGCACGGAGUUCAAGUUCAUCAUGACCGGUCUUAUGGUCGUUGACUUCGUGGGUUGUUACGUCAUCGAAGUCGUGCUGAAGUAUCUGUACAGUGAUUUCCGACCGAAGGAUAUUGCAGUGAGGAGGGACGAUCAAUUGAGGGCGGAGGAUUCGCGGAAGGCCAAGGAGGCUUAUGAGAAAAUAGAGGACGACAAGAAGAUCGUGAGUAAUGGGGUUGCAUAG